AUGCCGCUGCAACACCCCGUUGAGCAGCAGCAAUGCAGGCUUUCACCUCCAGCCGCUUCCCAACCCUCCUCGACCCCAUCUCCAAGGCCGCCAAAGCCCACGCGCCGCCGCCGCCGCCUGCUGCAAACGCUAGCCUCCAUCCCCGCCGAUGCCGCCGCGCCGUCGCCGCCGCCCCCGUCACUCUCCCGGCUCCUCGCCGCCGCGCUGCGGGGAGGACGCGUCUGCGGGGAGCUCCCCGACCUACUCUCGGCCGGCGGGGCAGGAAGAGGGGCGGGGAUAGGGACGCUGCUGAUGAGCACGACGGCGGCGGCGGUGACCAAGGCGCGGGAGAGCCCCUACAUCCUCGCGCUGGCGGCCAACCCAACGUUCGUGUCCGGGAUGCUGGCCUUCGCGGCGGCGCAGGUCGCCAAGGUCGUGCUCACCUCCGUGGUGGAGCGGCGGUGGAGCCCGCGGAUGCUGUGCAGCUCCGGCGGGAUGCCCUCCUCGCACUCCGCGCUCUGCACCGCGCUCACCGCCUCCGUCGCGCUCUGCCACGGCGUCCGCGACGCGCUCUUCCCCGUGUGUCUUGGGUUCAGUCUCAUUGUCAUGUACGACGCCACGGGCGUCAGGCGCCACGCCGGGAUGCAGGCCCAGGUACUCAAUAAGAUCGUUGAGGACCUGUUCCAAGGCCACCCCAUCAGCGAAAGGAAACUCAAGGAGUUGUUAGGGCACACCCCAUCUCAGGUCUUCGCCGGCGCCUUUCUGGGCAUCCUCGUGGCCUGGUUCUGUUGCCAAGGUUGUAUUGCUGCCAUUUGAUACUGCUCAUAACGUAUUAGUGCAUUCUAAGCGGAGUUUUGCAUCUGCUGUAACCAUUGCUGAACAAAAUAGGCACUUGAUUUGUUGCACAUUGGCUGGCUGUGUACAUAAAUAGCAUGGAUAAGAUCUCACGACUUUGAUACUUAUGUUUGAUUCAAAAUUUUGCAGUAUUCUCUUUUC